UUAGUGAGAAGGCCUGAGUCUAGAUUAAGCAGUACUGAAAGAAGGAUGCUGAGAAAAGUGCUGUAUCAGUACUGUACAAUAAAUAACAGUAUUGCUUGCUAAUAGCUAAUAAACCCCUGCUUGCAGGUCUCUGGUUUAGUAGCAGGUAAAUGAUUGACGCAGCCCUCAGCUGGGAAUGUUCAUCAUUCAUUUUCCUGAUCCAGAGAGAAGCAGUGAACAUCUCCACCGCUACUGUCUGACUGAGAGAAGAGCUUUUACUGUUUUUUCUUCAUUUAUUGCAGUUGUAAAAAGGUCUGAGAUGGGAAAAUCAGUCGUAGUGCUUCUUUGGCUACUGGUGAUACUGGAAACAGCUUCUGCUCAAGCAGAGAAAGCAGAGAGAGCUUUACCAAACUGGCUGACGGGCAUCAUAGCGGUUGCUGUGUUUCUCUUCCUGGUCUUCAUUGCUUUCCUGGUCAACAAAGCCUGGUGUGAGACUCGGAGUGACAGUCAGGAAGUGAAGACUGAAGUGACCAGUAAUGAAUAUUCAAUGAGCAAUGGCACAAAUCUUGAUUCAGUCAGGAGCAGUGAACACCAUGAGGCUUACGAGAACGUGAUCAUCCACAAAACUGAAGAAAAAGUAACAGUCAUGUGAAUCUGACCAGUUACACACAUUACAGCAUUCAAAGACACACAUUGAUCUAAAGGUCUGUUAAUUUAUGAUGAUUUAAUUAUAAUUAGUUAAUGCACUACACUGCUUUUAAUUACUGUACAUGUAUCAGUGUUUAUACAAC